AUGUACGGCAGCGGGAUCGAAGACGGCUUCUCUCUGGGCACUGCCUCUGAAUUCGGCGGCUGGAGCAGCAGGGAUUUGUCUCAGUCGCAAACAGGCCCUUUUCUGCAGCCCCACGCAGCAAACAGCCCCUUCAGGGGCUCCUAUGGGGGCCCCCCUGGGGGCCCCCAAGGGGGCCCCCAGGGGGGCCCCCAAGGGGGCCCCUACGGGGCCCCACAGGCCACCACUGCUGCUGCAGCGGCAUACAAGACUACCAACUACAGGGCUUUGGAGCAGCAGCUAAAACUCCGCAUGCAAAAUGCAGAGAGUGCACUGAAGCGGGCUGAGCUGACGCCGCGCAGCCCCCACGUGGCCGCCGCCCUCGCCACGGCUAUUUCAGACGCUGAUGUCACUCUGCAGCAGCUCAGCAUUGAAGCCAGGGGCUCUCCCUCAGGCCAGGCGUUGGCUGCGGAGCUGGCUGCGUACGGAGAUGCGCUGGCGCGCCUGCGGCAGCAGAGCGAAGAGUGGAGGAGCCGGGCAGCACCAGGCGAGACACCCCACCAACAACUCGAACCAGAAGAACUUGCAGAAGUCAGCUCCAGAUUAAUUCUUGAAAGUAAUUCUUCCGCGCUGCAGACUGAAGGCAUAGGACUCCAGAUCAUGCAGCAGCUUCGCACUCAGCGCGACGCCAUCAUCAAGACCAACCGCCUCGCAGAAGGCACGGGGGCAGAGGGCGCGCGGGGCAGGCAGGCCAUUGUGAAAAUGAUUCGUGACCACUGGUUAAACCGGGUGCUGCUGACGGGGACCAUUUUGCUGCUGGCUGUUUGCAUUUUGCUGCUGCUGCUGCACAAGGCCAGACUUUUCCGCUUUUUUGUCUAA